ACGGCGGCGGCGGCCCCGCGGCGGCCGGGCGGCGCGGAAGCCAGGCGCGCGGACCAUGGCGCCCUGGGCGGGCGGCGCGCUGUGGGCGCUGGGCGCGCUGUGGGCGCUGAGCCCGCUGCGCGCGCUGUGGCUCGCGCUGGCCGCCGCCUUCCUGCUGGUCCUGCUGCUGCAGCUGCUGCCGCCCGGCCUGCUCCCUGGCUACGCGCUCUUCCAGGACCUGAUCCGCUACGGGAAAACCAAGCUCGGGGCGCCGCAGCGCCCAGCCGUCUGCCGGGCCUUUGAUGUCCCCAAGAGGUACUUCUCUCACUUCUACGUCAUCUCAGUGCUGUGGAACGGCUUCCUGCUCUGGCUCCUCACGCAGUCUCUGUUCCUGGCCGCGCCUCUUCCACACUGGCUUCACAGCUUGCUCAGACUUCUGGGGGCCACGCAGGUGCAAGGGCCAGCAGGCGGCGAGGGCGCACUGUCGGCACUGCUGGUGCUGGUGUGCGUGUGGCUGCACAGCGCACGCCGCCUCUUCGAGUGCUGCUUUGUCAGCGUCUUCUCUCCAGCCGCCAUGCACCUGGUGCACUACUGCUUCGGGCUGGCCUACUAUGUGCUGCUCGGCCUCACCGUGCUCAGCCAGGCGCCGCUGGACGGCCACCACGUCUACGUGAUAGGGAAGAAUCUGCUGAGGCAGGCACGCUGGUUCCACAUCCUGGGCAUGCUCAUGUUCGUCUGGUCGUCCGCCCACCAGUACAGGUGCCACGUGAUUCUUGGCAACCUGCGGAGGAACAAAGCAGGGGUGGUCAUUCACUGUAACCACAGGAUCCCCUUUGGAGACUGGUUUGAGUACGUGUCCUGCCCCAACUACCUGGCCGAGCUGCUGAUCUACGUGUCCAUGGCCGUCACCUUCGGCUUGCGCAACCUCACCUGGUGGCUGGUGAUCGCCUAUGUCUUCUGCAGCCAGACGCUGUCCGCCUGGCUCAGCCACAAGUUCUACAGAAGCAAGUUCGUGUCCUACCCGAAGCACAGGAAAGCGUUCCUGCCGUUUCUGUUCUGAGAGCUUGGGCUUGACGCACGCACGCAGUCUGCAGACGCAGGGACGCGUUCUGCAGAGCCAUCGGAAGAGCCGAAGAGUCGCCCCUGAGCCAGCAAAGCUUUGCCCCUCAAAGAAAAUGAGUGCAUGAUGUCUUCAGAGAAGACAUAUACCUCUGGCCUACCUCCCAGGCACGGGACCCAAAGGUUGCAGACAGCUACACGUGUGUGCACGCACACACAGGAAGGGAGGCCUGGAAACUGUUAGGGGAGGUUAACUGGACCAUAUCAUGCGCAGAGUGCUAGGGGCUCAAUAAAUGUUACAUUUCCGUGGAAGCAGAAUGCCUUUGGAAAUCACGUGAGCCCGUAACCUUGUGCCAGGUGCUCCCCGAGGUGGUUUGUAGGUUCAUAGGUCACACGGAAGCCAGUAACCACUUCCGCUCAUCUGCCUGCAUGUCACAGCCCGCCAGCCAACUGUGGCGCCUCUUCUGUUUAACUCUCUUCUGGCCUUGCUUCAGAACAUUGGAGCCUUGGGAAAUGAAAGCCGGGUUUGCGUGAAAGCCUUCAGGAGCGUGACCAGCAUGCUCCUGGUGGAAGCCUUGUUCUGUAGCUGCUCGGGUCGGGUUAGGGGCCGCCUGAGUCUGUUUCAAAGGAGAGAAAGAGAGAAGAGAUCUAGGAGAGAAGUUUACACUUAGAAAAGCUUAUGUGAAAGAAAGAUGCCCCCGGUUAUAAGUGCACCUUGCAAAAGCAAAACCAGAGCCUGAAAAAUCUUGCAAGCGGCAGCAAAGCUGUGCCUUCGCAGCCUGCGAUUCCCUGCCUGCCGGGUAGAGUGUCAGCUCUGCCUUUUGUGUAGCUGUCGCGUUAUGGUCUCCCAGAACCGAAGUUUUGCACUUACGUGCCCCUUGCUCUGGGGAAGGAACCUCAUGAACCAAGCAGCCGCAGGUCCAGAGCCUUAAGAGUACCUGCCCCUUAAGUAGUCAACCGAGACCAGUGCACUAAGAUUCCUUUCUGCUUGGCUUUAUUUUUUUUAUGACUUAUUUAUUCAAAAGGUAGAGUUACAGAGAGAGAGAGAGAGAGAGAGCUUUCAUCCGCUGCCUCACUUCCCAAAUGGCCACAGCCGCUGUGGCUGGGCCGGCUGAAGCCAGCAGCCAGGAACUCACUCUCUCUGGGACUCCCACAUGGGUGGCAGGGGCCCAAGCACUUGGGCCAACUUCUGUUGCUUUCCCACGAGCACUGGCAGGGAGCUGGGUCGCAAGUAGAGCAGCCAGGACUCCAACUGGCACUCGAAUGGGACGCCGGCAUCGCAGGCAGCGGUGAACCUGCUGUGCCACAGCACUGCCCCCCCCCCCAACUUAAGUGCCUGCAUACAUCAAAGACCAUCCUAAAGCUCUCGUAGUUACUCUGGGGUGACAUUUCCUUCCCCCUCAAUCAGAGAUGGACCUGAUGCCAGUCUAUUGGAAUGAAUGGCACACUCAUUUCAUUCAUCAUUUAGAGUUUACAGGACUCAGGAACAUGACUAUUUCUAUAUCAGAAAUACAAGCAGAACACUGUUGUCUGCAAGUUUCCACACAAAUGGCAUGCAUGAUGCAAAUAAAUUAUUUGGAGUGUG